GAAUGUAAACAUGGCGUGGCGCUCAGUGUUUACCAUAUGUAUCCUUAUGCUGGGCAUGUCCUUGGUGAUAGGGAGUCCCUCCUCCACAGCCGAUGAUGGAGGCUCUGAUGUGGACAUGCGUGAAAUCAGACUUCUCCUACAAAAACACGAGUCUCAAAUAGAAUCACUCCAAAGGACGAACGUACUACUUGAAGAGAAAUCUGCGAUAUUUGAAGAGAAAUCCGCGAUACUUGAAGGGACCGUCCUUACACUUGAAGAGAAAGUCAUGACGCUAGAAAAGAAAGUCAAUACGUUUGAACAAAAUGAUCCUAAUACUGAUCAGAAAGAAAGUAUCAAAGCAGACCCAGACGUCUUCAGUGCAGCAAAUAGUUCGUCUUUAUCUGACAGUAAAAUAAGAUCAUCGCAAAAACACCAAGGAAGCGCUAUCAAGAAAAUUAACAAACGUGUCGACUCCACAACUGACAGCAUAAUAGCUUUCCACGCCAUUCUUACACAUACAAUAUCCAAUCCAACAGGAGAUCAUAUCGUUCAGUUUGACAAAAUCGUCACAAAUAUCGGUGGUCAUUUCAAUUCUAAAUCUGGCGUGUUCACUUGUGUGGAAGUUGGCGCUUACCAGUUUUCUUGGAUGAUCAAAGUUUUUAAUAACCAGUACAUUGUUACAGAAUUAGUUCGUAACGGCGUGGUUAUAGGGACAGGCAUGAGUGGAGACGAUAACAUGUGGACUACAGGCUCAGCAUCAUCAAUCACGAUGCUGGUUCCCGGUGAUUCGGUCUGGGUACGUGUAUCUGGUGACCACAGUCAGGGGGUGGAUAUCUACCCUACAUUUACGAUGUUUAACGGGUUUCUUCUACAUUAAGUUGAAAUUAUACAUCUUUCGAUAUUCUUUGUAUGCCCAUGCAUAUUUUAUCAAAUCACUUUAAAUCUAUUUUUAGACGUGUUUGUGCUCAAACGCAAGGCGAUACAGUCGCGAAAUAAGAUGUGUCGACCAUUUUAGCUCAGAUACAAUUAACAUUACUACAGCAAAUGUGAAAUGAAACAAUAACCUUUAAUAUCCAACCAAAAAUUGUCGUCACCAAUCAUAUCAUUUAAUCGAUAAUGUAUUAAUAUUCGUAACGUGGGAAAUAUGUAAAAACAUUUUAUCUCUGAUUAAAAAUAAACACAACAGUUAAAGUAAUUCUGUUA